CUUUGCAAGAAUCAUUCGUUUACCCAAUAUGAAUUGUGCUUAUCGAAACGUGCUCAUCUUCGUAUUAGUUUUCGUACCUGGGAUUAUUAUUGGUGGCAUGUUUGUCGCAAUUUGGCCAUUUUCUGACUAUGGAAAAGUUAAUUACAACAGGCCGCAAGAUUUACCAGAACCUUACACAACCGAGGAGCUUCUCAAUAUCGAGGAUUUUUAUACGGCAGCCAAAUCAAAAUUGGUGAAGAAUUCUGCCGGAGUGUGGGAAUAUUUCGAAGGGAAGGCAGACCUCGGUUGGACACUGGACCAGAAUAAGAGAGCAUACCGUCGUUAUGUAAUUCGACCACGGAUACUUCGCGACGUUUCGAUAAGAAACCUGACCACGUCGAUACUCGGAAAACUUACUAGUUUACCGAUCGGCGUGGCCCCCACUUCGAUGCAGAAAGUGUUUCAUCCAGACGGAGAAAUCGCGGUGGCGACAGGGGCUGGACGAGCAGGAGCCAUCUACAUUCUUAGCACUUUAGCCACCACCAGUAUCGAAGAGGUCGCCGCAUCUGCACCACAGACCCGAUUAUGGUUUCAACUUUACUUUAAAAAUGACACCACAUUUAAUGCCAAUCUACUCACUCGUGCGGAAAACUCAGGCUACGAAGCUGUCGUUCUUACCUUGGACGCACAAAUAAUUGGGAAGCGAGUCGAUCAGUUACGACAUGGAUUUGAACUUCCGGAAAAUGCAAGUUUGGCCAACUUUGAUUCAAACAUGAACCAAAAUUCUACUGACUCGGGGACAAUAUUGAAUCAAACUUUAAAAGUCUUGAGAGAUGAUAUCACCAUGACUUGGGACGUAGUUAAAUGGAUCAGAGACCAUACAGAAAUGAAACUCAUUUUGAAAGGAAUUCUUACCGGUGAGGACGCCAAGCUUGCAGCGGACUAUGGCGUGGAUGCCAUUAUCGUGUCGAACCAUGGUGGUCGUCAGUUGGACUCGGUUAUUCCCACGAUUGAUGCACUGUCCGAAGUUGUGUCUGCCACGGCGUCAAGCGGAAUGGAAAUCUAUCUCGACGGUGGAAUCAGUCUGGGGACCGAUGUUUUUAAAGCGAUCGCACUUGGAGCCAAAAUGGUAUUCGUGGGGCGAGCGGCGUUAGCUGGUCUGAGCGUCGCUGGGGAGGAAGGUGUCACGAAGGUGUUGGAAAUUCUCAAAAGUGAACUCGACUUGACUAUGGCACUUUCAGGAGUUUCGAACGUGGCGAGUAUAAAUUCGGACUAUGUGGAACUUUACGAACCAAUUUAGUCAGAAAUUGUCUUACUUAUAGUACAAGAUAAGUGAUUAAGUCAAAUCUAAAGUAAUUAUUUUAUUAAAUAAAUAUUUUCAUAAAUUAAAAUAA